GUGAUAAGGGUGUAGGUUGCAGGUUCUGUAGUGUUCUUCCUAGGUCAACAAUAGCCGGUAUCAUUGUUGAGUGUUUCCGGUCAAGAGGAAGAAAUAGACAGUCCAAAUGACGACCUCCGACUCCAAAACUGCUGCUUUUCGGAGAACCGCCAAGUUCAGACAGUACAUGGCAGCUUUUAUAGCCAACUUGUCAGCGUUCUCUAUUGGCACGAUGCUGGGUUGGACCUCACCCAUGCAGCCUCUCCUGUCGUCUGCUCACCCUCCGAUUGGCUCCGAGCCUCUGUCUGCAGAGUUUAUCUCAUGGCUGGGCUCCAUCAACUUCAUCGGAGCCUUGUGUGGAACACUGUUCUGGGGCAUUCUCUCAGACCGCCUGGGGCGCAAACACACUGCGAUCAUCGUAGCUGUGCCCUUCAUCAUAGCUUGGCUACUGAAGAUCGUCGCACAGAACGGAUGGUGGCUGUUAGUUGCAAGGAUAAUCAUCGGAAUCGGUUGUAGCGGAGUUAUCAUCAACACCCCCAUCUACGUCACCGAGAUGGCCGAAGACAAAAUAAGAGGGUCUCUCGGUUCUUACUUGAUGAUUUUUCUAAACGCUGGGUGUGUGUUUUCAUACAUCAUAGGGUCACUGACUUCUUACCACGGAUUGGCAGCGAUUUGUUUGUGUGUGCCGAUAAUCUUCCUGGUAACUUUUCCUAACCUACCGGAAAGUCCGGUUUACCUUUGGACUCACGGUAAGAAAACCGAGGCGGAAAACUCACUAUUGUGGUUCAGGGGCGGAAACACUCUUCAAACUAUGAAAGAAAUAGAGAACUUACAACAAAAAACAGGAAAGGCUUUUGAAAAGCCUUGUUUUAGAGAUUUGUUUGAUUCUAAGGGAGUGAAAAAAGCUUUGUUCAUUAGUAUCAGCUUUGUUGUUGGACAGCAGUUUUGUGGAAUUUUGGCAAUAUUGACUUACACUGUAAAAAUAUUCCAAGACUCAGGAUCUUCUUUGUCAGCUCACAACUCCAUGAUCAUUGUAGGAGUCCUCCAGUUGUCUUCAGCUUUCACAUCCUCCUUGCUUGUGGACCGUGCUGGAAGAAGAGUGCUCUUGAUUAUGUCCUAUUUUGCAAUGGCUGUUUCACUUACAGUGUUGGGGUGCUACUUGUAUUUUCAAGAUGAUUCCUGGAACCCUUUGCUCAAAUGGAUCCCUAUCACCUGCCUCUCUGUGAAUGUAGUGUUCUACUCCAUAGGCGUCGGGCCUGUUCCUUUUGUAGUUAUAUCGGAAAUCUUUCCUCCUAACAUUCGAGGUUUUGCUAUGUCAAAAAUUCAAAUGCUCGGAACUACCUUGUCUUUUGCAUCUGUGAAGACCUUUCCGACUUUGACCAAUCUUUUAGGCUCUCAUGGAUGUUUUCUUUUCUACGCCAGUUUUUGCUUGAUUCUUACUUUAUUCACAUUCUUAUAUGUACCUGAAACCAAGGGCAAAAGCCUGCAAGCCAUAUUAAAGCAGCUCAAUGGGGAAGAAUUAACGAAAGCAGAAGAAAGUGAAUACACAGAGUUAUAUGGGACUCAACAGUCUACCAUCGUAAAGAAACAAAAUGCAGCAACUGCCUAGUAAUUUACGGAAAAAUAUCUUAAAUAGGUACAUAGCUGUACUUGUACUGCACAGAAUACUAUACAAUACUUCAAAGGUGCUGCAAGGACUGUGUGUGGUGUAGAAAAUGUUAUUAAUUAAGAACUGGUUAAACAAUAAGGCCGAAUUACUUGCAUUUAAUAUAUUAUAUUGUUUAAUAUUUUAAAGUUUUUUGUUGAGCUUCCUUAAGAGAAGCUAUUAGAAAAAUUUUUUUCAUGAGGAAUGUUUCUGAAACGUAUGCUAUAAGUAAUUAGGGGUUAUAUUCAGUGCUGUGUAAAAAUUGCUUAUAGACCUACAAAAAUUGAGGAAAUACAGACCUGAGUACAAUCAUAGACAAAUAGAAUGAAUAUAGACAGCAGUGAUGCGGUUAGCAUAUGUUACGGCGCCCACCGCUAGGAGUGUCGUGUAGUUACAGCGCACACCGCUGCAGAGUCUGCUGGUAGCAUACGGCUCCUGCGCUCCUUGCGUGCAGCGGUGUGUGUCGUAACUACACAGCACUCCUAGCGGUGGGCGCCGGAAGCUUGCUUAGACAGUCUAUAUUUAUUCUACUUGUCUAUGGUACAAUGGAAAAACCCAAUAUAUACAUAAAUAGUAUGUAGCAAUUAAUGGUAUGUAGUUUGUUUGCCUUUAUAACAACAGCUGAUCGAUUGUAUCAAUUGUGUUAAAACAUUGUUAUAAAAAUAAUAAUAGCAUAGACAAAUAGAAUAAAUAUAGACCGUCAAAGGAAGGUUCCGCGAUGUGCCGCUAGCAGUGUCGUGUAGUUACAGUGCACACCCCUGCAGGUGAGGAGCCGUAUGCUACCAGCAGACGCUGCAGCGGUGUGCGCCGUAACUACACGGCACACCUAGCGGUGGAUGCCAGAACAUAUGCUAACCACAGCAAUUCUGUCGGUCUAUAUUUAUCCUAUUUGUCCAUGAUAAUAGGUAACAACAUGGAUUGCAUAGAGUUUGCAUUUUUGCUAUAUUGUAGAAUUGUAACUGCCAUGUAGUACACAAACAGUUUCUCACUCACUAAUAGUUGUACUGACACAAUCAUGGUGCUAUAUUAUCUUCAUUUUAGUCUUCACAGUUAAAGCCAAGAAUUUUUAUCUUUAAUAAAACUGUGGUGAGAAAAUACUGAAAUUUUGGUGAUAAAUGUUUGGUAAUUCAACUCCUAGGCUGUGUAAAAGAAUGCUCUAAACUCCUAACUUCGUUAAAACACCAAUAAAAGGUCAAGUUUGUCUAUAUGUUUUUCCUUUAUUAGUUUUUGUUUAACACAACACCGAAUGAUAUUAUACUUUUAGUUUAGAAAAUGUAAUUUAACUACAUAUAAUGCUAAAAAUUAUUGUUAGUUGAUGACUGUGAUAGUAAGUUAACUUUCUUUAUAAGCUUAAGUUGGAGAUAGUUUGGUCCAAAUCAAAUUGUAACAUUACAGGUCCAAGAUAGUGUUUUUCAGUAUAGUGGUAUGAGUUGAAUACAUUUGUAGAAAACACUAAAAAACAAGAUCAGCUUUUGAAAAAUUAUAAGAUGUUUACAAGAAAAUGUUGAUGAUAUCGAACUGUUAGUACACAUCGGGAGUAUUUUCAUAAUCUUUGAGUCUACUCUUUUAAAGUCCUAGUAAAUUAUGACCGUUACUGUAUUCGUUUUAAAAUAACGCCUGUAAUACUUCUUAAUUGCUCGAAUUCACACAACAGAUACACUAGUAUGUAUAAAAAUAAGUUUCACUUUACAAAAGAUUUUUAAAAUUGUACUGUGUUGUAUGCAACCCUCGAAUGUUAUCCCCUAAAGUUUACCUUCACUUGAUCGGGAAUAGACUCAAAUACAUAAAUGUUAAUAAUUAUAGAUUUAAUUUUGUUUUGUUGUACACUAUAUUGUUAUUGAUAAAAUUGAGGACUUGUGUUUGUUUGGUAUACCACUGUGUUAUAAUUUUUUUCAAAAUUGAUAACUAGCUGUCACUAAAUGCAGGUAUGCCAACAGAAGGAGAUUGUUUGAACUUUACUUUUAUAUAUUAUAUUCUAGGUUAAGUCUUAUUUUUUUAUAUGAAAUCCCCCAGAGUAUUAUUAACGAUCAAAUACAAGGUCAUUUGUUGUGUUUUAACUUAUUUUUUUAAGUUGAUUGUAGUAGACUUAAUUUCUAAACUAAAACUAUUGUUUAUAUUUAAGUUUUUAUUUUCUAUUUGUUAUCAUUAAAAAUUGCUUGAGUUCAA